UUCGAUCCCACGACUGAUGUAGAUGAUCUGAUGGUAUGGGCAACAGAUGAUCAAGUGACACAAUUUUGUAGCUGGGACACCUACACUUCUAAGGACCAAGCUAUUGAGUACAUAAACAACUUUGUCAUAAAUCAUCCUUAUUAUAGGGUAAUAUGCCUUAACAAUAGGGCAAUUGGUGCUAUUUCUGUUACAUGUAACACAGGAAAUGAUAAGUGUAGGGGGGAGUUGGGUUAUGUCUUGGCAUCAAAGUAUUGGGGCCGAGGGAUCGCUACGUGGGCGGUGAAGGCGGUGAGGUGUACGAUAUUCGAGGAGCGGCCGGAGUUGGAGAGGCUAGAGGCUCUUGUGGAUGUAGAGAAUAAGGGGUCACAAAAGGUGCUAGAGAAGGCUGGGUUUUUGAAAGAGGGUCUUUUGAGAAAGUUUUGUAUUCAGAAAGGGAAGACUCGUGAUAUGGUCAUGUUUAGUUUUCUUUCUACUGAUGUUCCUCAAAUGUAAUUGUCAUUAAUUCAACAUCAAUUAUUGUAAUUUUGUACCAACUUUAAUACUAAGUCUUCAUAUUUAUGAAUACAACAAUUAUUACA